CCCCAGCGUGUCCUCCUCACGCCCCUCUCCGCUGAUGACGCGCGGGGUUCAUUUCCGGUGACCGCAGUCUGUUGUUGAGUGUACCGUUCUGUCCAGAAUCGGGAUGGUACUCGUCAAGCAAUACCAGGUGCUGUUGCCAUGUUCAGUAGAAGAGUACCAGGUUGGCCAACUGUACUCGGUUGCAGAGGCCAGUAAGAACAACACAGGGGGAGGAGAAGGGAUCGAGGUCCUCCGAAAUGAACCUUACGAGAAGGACGGAGAGAAGGGCCAGUACACCCACAAGAUCUACCACAUACACAGCAAGGUUCCUGGUUUUAUUCAGAUGUUUGCUCCCGAAGGAGCCCUGGUUUUUCAUGAGAAAGCCUGGAACGCCUACCCAUACUGUCGCACUAUCGUUACAAAUGAAUACAUGAAGGAUGAUUUUUUCAUUAAGAUUGAAACUUGGCAUAAACCAGACAUGGAAACAACUGAGAAUCCUCAUGGUCUUCCCCCUGAGGAGUGGGAGGAUAUUGAGAUUGUGCCGAUCGAUAUAGCUGAUCGCUCUCAGGUGGAUGAUGUGGACUAUAAACCAGAAGAGGACCCUGCUGUCUACCACUCUGAGAAAACUGGCAGAGGACCUCUGGGGCCUGAAUGGAAGAAAGAGCUUCAUAAUGGUAACUGUCCCUACAUGACAGCGUACAAGCUGGUGACUGUCCAUUUUCGCUGGUGGGGUCUGCAGGGACGUGUGGAGAACUUCAUUCAUAAGCAGGAGAAAAGGCUUUUCACUAAUUUCCAUCGGCAACUCUUUUGUUGGCUGGACCGCUGGGUGGACCUCACUAUGGAUGACAUUCGUAGGAUGGAGGAAGAGACACAGAGGGAGCUGGACCAGAUGCGUUGCCAAGGGUCUGUGCGAGGGAUGAAAGCAGGCGAGGACUAGGGAGAGCCAAAAAAGAAUGGAAGAAA